GAUCGUUGAGUGAAGAAUCGAAUCGUAAACUGAACCGAACGGUCUUUGUUAUUCAUGUAAUUCUCAUCAUCACCGAGGUCAACCCGUUGAUUCCCAACACUAGGAUCAUAUGGCAAAUGAUGACGAUUCGACGCCGAAAGGCUCCUUAGAAUUAAAUCGUAGAUUUGAAAACGGGAGUACGGAUGAUUCCCGAUAAGUGCAUAUUCUCGUUCGUCCAGCUCGGUCGAUCCGCUCGUCGCCUAGGAAUGUUCGGCAGGAAAUUUCCAUUCCCGGCGGUUCGAUCGGACCGAAACGAACGGUUCGGGGCCCCGGCGUCGUUCCGGCACGAGUCUGCUCAGCGUAAAGGCCACGGGAAGAACCGACAAAUGUCGGAGAUUGCCGAAGCGCCGUUGCGCUGAACCACGAGCUACCCUCGGCAGCAGCUCGCGGCUGGCUAUGGCUAUUGACCGAGCUUGGCGGACCGGCCGGUCAGCUGUGCGCCUCGCCGGCGGUGUGGUAUUCUCCUCCGCGGCCAGGAAGAAGCCGUCCACGUAGACGAGGCGGUGUGUCGUUCAGGCCUGCGUAGAUCAGCCGGUGUGAGUCAAUAACGGGGAAUCGAAACACGAACGAACGUCCGUCCAGAGUUGGUUGAAAGAAGAGCCAGCGGGGACUCCCUCAGGAGAGGAGUCCAGCGGCGACGGAAGUGCUUGAAAGACUCUCGGUCUCCGGGCGUUGUAGACGAUCGCGUAGAGGACGGUCCCCCGGGGAGCCACGCGUUCGUACAUAUGUCCGCGAGUGGAAUCGAGGAGAAAGAGAGACUGACUGCUCCGGUCUUGUCGUCGUCGUCGUCGUCAUCGUCGAUGGAUCGGUCCGAGUGAAAGCCCAAAACGUGCGAAUCGCUGGCUACACGCGCUGCGGCAAGUAAAGGCAGUUGGAGUAGGAGAGUGAACCAGACGGAGCGGGGGUCAAAGAGGGCUAGAGAGAGAAAAAAAAGAGAAAUAUACUGAGAGAGGAAAAAGAGAGAAAGAAAGAGCGAGAACGAGGGAGGGAAGGAGGAACUUGGCUCACGGGCAAUACUCUACAUGUAGAGACCGACCGGCUGUGCACGGCCAGCGCGGAGACGAUCGCUCGAGAGAGGAUCUGAGAGAGGAAGAGAGAGAGAGAGAACGAGAGAACGGCAACGAGCGAUCCCGAGAGGGACGGGGAAGAGGUCGGUGGGAGGAGAAACUGAGGGAGAGAGAGUGAAAAGAGAUAGAUCGACCGAGUGUAGGAGAGACACCGAAUGAAACAGAGCGAGAGAGAGAGAGAGAGAGAGAAAAGGAUAGGCAAAUAGAUAGGUGUCGUGUACGUAUGCGUUACGAGUGACGAGUGUGCCGCCGCGACGUGCAGGUGUGUGCGCGCGUGUUGCAGGCAGGCCGCCGGCACAAAAAGUGCUGGGCCCAGUGGACUUUUCCAUACCGGAGGAGAACUGCGUGCAUACGUACAUACGUGCGUACAUCGUGUGUGCGUGCCGUCCGCGCGCGUGUCUGUGUGCGCGAGAGUGCGCGCGCCGCCUUCGCGAUCGCGGACGGACACGCCGGCGAGUUUUCGGCCGAGUACCUGCGAACGAGGACGGACGGGAACCGAUCGACCGACCGAUCGACCGACCGACCGACCGACCGACUCUCCUCUCUUCUCGUGGUCUACGCGGUGACCUCCGUCAAGAGAGAAGAAACGGGCGAAAGCCAGGUAGAGCCGCAUCGAAGGGUAGCCAACUCGAUUUCGUAGAGAGCGCGCGUCAGGUGCGAGAAGAAGAAAAGGAGAAAGAAAGAAAGAGAAAAAAAGGAGAGAGUUGGAUUACCCCGGGUGAAAGAGAGAGAGAGAGACCAGGAGGUUGGUCGCAGCGCUGACGUCGAGAGGAUACCUUACGUGGACGGCUUUACCGGGUGGAAGCGACCGCGGAAUCGUCGACAGCGAGAAGAGGAGGUAAUAGGAUCGUCCGUCACUGAGGUCUACCUUGCCGGCCGAGAGAGAGAGGGAAAGAGGGAGGAAGAUAGAGAUAGAGAGAGAAAGAGCGAGUGAGCGAGCGAGCCAGCUUGGUACACACGAACUCCGUUCCGACUCUGACUCCUCCGUCGCCACUAACUCGCGGUCGGUAAAGCGUCGAGACGACGGCGGUGGUGAUCCGGCGAGACACGACCGUGCGCGAACGAACGGCUGGCAGUCGCGGCCUUCUGGUGGACGUGAUAAGGACGAGCGGUCCGAUCCGUUCCGGCGAACGAAGCGACGGAACGAAGUGGUCGGUUGUGCGAAGCGCGAGAAAGAGCUGCGAAGGGACGGGCAGGAAGAAAGGGAACGGUCAGCGGAUAUUCGAAGGAUGCGGCUUCUCGAUCGAAGAAUUUGUUGCUGCAUUUAGUGCUCCAAUUGUACCGAUAUUCAGAAGACCGAAGGAACUUGAGAAGAUCUAGGAAGCGAGAUAUUAAAGAAAAGAAAAUCCCUGCGGAGGAGAAAGCGAACGUAAAGCAACAACGACGAGAGAAGACACGAGUCCUUGAUCAACAAUCCGGUACUACGUGGGCUUAAUCACGGUCGACAGUGCGGGGAAGGCAGAAGGUAGCUAAAAGGAAGAAAGGAAGUAGCCGGAGUGUCCUUGAUAGGCCAUCCGGUGGUACGUGAUCGAGCUGUGUCGCGACCGACAUUGACUCGGCUCCGUCGCAUCGAGGGAGAUUAGAGGCGACCCACGUUUUACUCGCUUCGUUCGGCAGACAACGAACGCCGGCGAAGCGACGGGAGCAACGAAGGAGAGCUGCGAGGGGAGAGUGAGGAGAGGAGAGGAUCUACUUGCUGAUCAGCGCGAACCCCGGGCGAUAAGCGGCUCCCGUCUCGAGUUGACGAGCCGCUGACUCGGCGGACACGGGAGCCGGUUGUUUCAACGCUAUUAGUGCCCACGAUGAUUCCAAUUAUCCGCGAGUGACUUCCACGUUCGCGCGACGGUCUGUCUACCGUCCGAUCCAGUCAUUUUGCGACCACCCGGUACGCUCCGUGCCGGUUUCCUUAACGGAAACGAGGACUCUUCCCGACUUCCACGUGUACAUUUUGAGAAUCUGCCGAUUCUGGAUCCUCGCGAGUGGAUAGAGUGAUCGGCAACGUUUCAAAAAUCGGCUGGAAAUGUGCGAUUGAACGCGCCAAGGGAUCCCUCUUCCGAGCGAUCGCACGCAUCGUGGAUCCACCUGGAAUCUACCAUUAUUAAUUGCUUCGAGGAUAAUCCGGCAGCAUCGUUCCAUUGGAUUAAUCCGUCCGGGACGAAUUUCCAGAUAAACGGAUGGUCGAUCGCCUUCCACUCCAUCCGGGAUUACUCCGGGAUCGCGCUCGAUAAGCCACGAGGAUUCCCGUACGCUCGCGCUCGCGCGAGGCUACGCUUGAAAAUCGCUCGGUGUCGUUGCUUGACAAAACCGGUUUCGUUCGGCUCAGCGAAUCUCGGCGUUUAUACAAAGGUCGUGUGUGAGAGCGCGCCGCGCGCGCGACCGCGGGAGAGUAUGUGGUAGGAGUGAGAUUUAUGGAAAACGAAUUUACACGAGGUCACACCCACGGGAGCGGCUGUCUAUCUCUCUCUCUUUUUUUCCUGUAUCUUCGUUUCUCUCUCUCUCUCUCUCUCUCUCUCUCCCUUGUCUGUCUCCUUGUAACUCGCACUCACUCCCCCAGUUCGUCUAUCAGUUUAUCCACGCAUUCCCUCUAUUAAUAAUAACGACGAAGGCGAUAGAACCGCGAGAAUCGCCUGCCAGAUCACGUUGAAGAAUCCUUGAAGGAACGAGAUCUCGAUCGCAAGAGAGUGAUAUCGCUCUGAUAUCGACCAACCGAAUAAAUAUGCCACAUUCGCGGCGGCCUUGAAGAAUUUUCUUCGAGCCGACAAGUCCACCGUGCGCAGGAUCAGCGAACCCCGAGAUAACGCCGGCAACGAAGCACAAGGGAAUUCAUAGGGCGAACUCAUCAUGCUAGCGACCUUGAGUAUCCAAGUGUCUCCGAUGAUUGAGAAUCGCGAUCGAUCGAGUACGUAACUACUCCGGACGGCGAAUCUCAAAGACUUCGAAGGAUGUCGGGGGACCUGGGUGGCCCACGGGAGGAGCAGGCCUCGUCGCCUGGGUCGAAUAGCAGCAACGCGUCAGUUGCGAGGAAAUCAUCGGCGAGGAAAAUUUAGCUGUCUUGCCACGAGCACUUGCUUGAUGAUCGGUCACGGCAACGAUGAAGCGUGCGACGAGCGCAUCCGUUGCGGCCGCCACGGCCGCCGCGACGCAAGUGCAUCACCAGGCGAGGAUCCAGGAGUUGUUCUCUCCCGGAUCAAUGCCGACGGCGGCGGCGAUGACGACGUCGACGACGACAAUGACGACGACGACGACGUCGUCGACGAACACGAAUACGACGAUCGUCGGUACCUGCACAGACGAGCUGGAUAAGCAAAUCACAACGAUGUCCUCCCGGCUCGAGUCAAAAGGCUCGCCGAAGAUUAGUCCCGGAACGGGCGACGACAGCAAGGCUAAGUCUACGGUAAUGUCGCGAUUAUUAGCCGUCGAUUCCGACAACUACAUGCUGCGCAAAGCCGCCACAACGGCGACGACGGCAGCUACCAACGGCGCCGUGGCGCCGUCGUCUACCAUCUCAUCAUCGUCGUCAUCGUCGUCGUCGUCAUCGUUGAAUAGUUCCGCGAGCAUGCAACUGCAACGGCAGAUGCAGAGUCUCGCCAUCGGAUCGGCUACCGCGCCGUCGAUCCUCGCAACGUACGGCAACGGCAGCGACCACGUUGUCGGUCAGCUGUACGACGUCACGCGGGCAACGUCCAGAUCGACGGCGACGUACGUGUCACCCAGGUGGUACACCACCAGUAAUAAUAAUCAGGCGACGAGGCAGCAUCGGGAAGGAACUGCGGCGGCAGCGGUUGCGGCGGCGGCGACUGCGACCGCGCAACUCGAGGAGCAAUCCUUGCAGCAGUUGCAGUUGCAAUCGCGUACGGCGACGUCGACGCGCGACGACGCGACGACGCCCGCGGCGUCGACGGCGGACGGUGUCGAGAGCGAGCUCGGUUUCACGAGGCCGGUGUGCGCGAGACCGGUGUCUUUUCAUCGAUACAUGUGUUGGUGUAGCGCGCAACAGCAGCUGCAGCUGCAGCAGCAGCAGCCUGCUGUGGCGGAGGGCGUCGACGCGAACUCCUCGAUCGGUCGCGCGAAGGGUGGCAGGGGCUCAGCCACCCACGAAGGGUUGGCAACGAGACGAACUGUGCGCGAUCAUAAUAGUAGUCUAUGUUGCUGCAUGUGCGGUUCUCUAUGUCCUGCAGAGUGCCACGCGUGCUUCCACAUCGUGUGCUCGGACUACAGCGGCCAGCACCUGUGCAAAUGGGCUACCAAGGGUCACGCGCUACCGGGCCAGGUUCACGACAAGGACAAGCCUGUCAGUGAGUGGACGUCGCUGAACGUAGUUGAAUGGAUGUCAGCCCUAAAUUUAUACCGCUAUGCGGACGUCUUCAAAUCGAAGGACAUCAAAGGCAGCGAUCUGCUUCAUCUGGAUCGGGAAAAGCUCAUGAAUAUGGGUAUAAAAGAUGAAUUUCAUCAGAGGAACAUUUUGGUGUGCAUCGAGGAACUCUGCAAAACGUUGCCACCGCCUCCGGUGGCGAUGGAGACGAUGGGUUCGACGGUCAACACGACGACGCCGACACCCGGCGUCGCCGUCGAAUCGGCCUGUUCCCUCGGAGUCAACUAUCCGGGCAACAACCUGGCCAAUAACGCGCACAACCUCAUGCCGCACAGCUUCAGCGUGUUGGAGAAGUGCGGCAAAUGCCAUAAAUACCUCAGGGGCCUUUUACAUCAGGGCUUCCUCUGCCAAGAUUGCGGGCUGGUCUCUCACAGGACGUGUUCAGCGACGGGUUUACCUUCCAAUUGCAUAUCGGUCGACUCGGACAAUCGUAUCAGCAGGUUUACUUCAGUGUUCGGCCUCGCGCUGUGCUCGCAAUUUGACACCGCCAGCCGUGCGGCGCCGAUUCUGGUGGAGCGAUGUACCCGCGCCCUCGAGGAGCAGGCGUUCGCCGACACGACGCUGGACCUCUACAAAGUUUACCACAGCAGCCCACCUAAUGAGCAGACCCUCGAGCUGCGACAGAAGCUGAACGAAGAUGUCUGUAACGCGGAUUUAAGUCCGUACACUCCCCAAUGUAUCGCCAGUGUCUUGAAAAAGUUUCUACGUGAAUUGCCAGACCCAGUAAUCCCGGUGCAAUGGUACGACAGAUUUCUGGAUGCGUCGAUCGUACGAAUUUGUUUUGGUCUCACAGGUAUGAGAAGCGACGAGCAGUGCGCAACGCGUCUCAAUCAAUUAGUAGCGGAGCUACCGGAACAUCAUCGUAGCACAUUGUGCCAUUUGAUGGCACAUUUCUGUCGCAUCUGUCAGUUGCAGCACGGAAGGGGCUACACGGAACCACCGACCAUCCUUGUACAAGUUCUCUGUCAUAUAUUUCUCAGGCCGCCCUGGGAGCGAAUCAUCCAAGUUGUUCACAACACGGAGGCACACAUACGCAUAAUGGAAUUGCUACUAUUACACGGCGAUUGGAGCGAGAGGCUACCGGAGUUUGCCAGUCCCCCGCAAUUGCCGCCACGUAAAGUUUCGAGACCACAGUUUCCGAUUUUGGAUCCGUUCCCGGUUCUUGAAGACGAAGCUGUAGACAAAACGGCACCUGGUGCGGAUACUGGCAAGGACCAACAGCCGCAUAGGCCGCGCACGCUACAGGAAGCUGAAUGGUAUUGGGGUGAAAUCACGAGGGAUGACGUAAACGAGAUGAUGAUCGACUCACCGGAUGGCACCUUUCUGGUACGCAAUGCGUCUUCCAAGGGUGGCGAGUACACUCUAACGCUGCGUAAAGGCGGGACCAACAAACUCAUCAAGAUCAGUCACCGAAAUGGAAAAUAUGGAUUUUCGGAUCCCUAUAACUUCCACUCGGUCAUCGAGCUGGUCGACUACUAUAGGAACUGCUCGCUCGCACAGUAUAAUUCGGUGCUGGAUAUUAAGUUGCUUUAUCCGGUAUCGCGAUUUCAACAGGAUGACGAGAUCGCAAAUACGACCGACAUGGCAAAAGUCAGACAGAAAUAUUUCGAGUUAGAUAAAGAUAUAAAUGAUACAAUCCGGCAGUAUCAACAUUGUUCGGAUUUGUAUAGCAAAACGGCCUACGAAGUUCAGUUGAAGCGUAAUGCAUUGGAAGCCUUCACAGAGGCCAUCAAGAUGUUUGAGGAACAGAUAAAGUUGCAAGAAAGGUGCAAGAUAGAAGCUCAGCCUCAUGAAAUUUCUACUUUGACAGACAAUUCAGAAUUGUUGAAGCGAAGACUGAAGGCCUUAGAAGAUAGCAAAGAACAACUGGAUGAGAGUCUGAAACAACAGAUCGCUUACUACAGGACCCUUGAGAGAGAAAUGUACAAGCUGAAGUCAGAGAUUGGGGUACUUGUGCGGCAAAAGGAUCGCCAUUCUCAAUGGUUAAAGAAGAAUGAAAUAAAGCAGAACAAAGAGGAGGUGGACUUUGCAAUUCAUUCCGAUGAGAAAACGUGGCUGUUUUUGAAAGGUUCUCGUUCUGAUGCUGAUCUUAUUCUAAAGGGCCGGCCCGAUGGUACCUUCCUUGUUCGUCGAUCGAGAACUGGCCAGUACGCACUUUCUAUAGUGUGCAACGAUACGGUACAGCAUUGCAUAAUAUACGCUACCGAGCGCGGUUACGGCUUCGCCGAGCCAUACAACAUUCACGAGACCCUGAAACACCUAGUGCUGCACUAUGCUCAGAAUUCUUUGGAGGAACAUAACGAGUGCCUAACCACCACUCUGGCCUAUCCCGCGUUUGCGCCGCCCGCAGCGCUAGCGCAACUACAGGCCCAGCAGAAGCAGUUGCAGAUCCAUAUUCAGAAUCAAUCGUCGUUCGCGCGACCGCCCCAUGAGAAUCAGCUCGUCAUGCCACAUACAUAAUAUUGGCCUGUCGAGCGUCGCGAUCCGGAUCCGCUCGAGUCUGAGUACGUUCACGCACGCGCGCACACCCACACGUGAGUUCUGCUGCUACAAGCAUCAUUCGCCGACGUGAUCGGCAGAUCGACUGUAUCACGUGAGCCUUCCUUGACGAGUUCGAACACACGUUUCGUUGCGAGACAAAACGCUCCUUCGUUCGGAACGUUUCCUAAAAUCGUGUACAAUAAUUAUUGCGUAUGUUUCACAGUGAGAGGAAAUAAUCUCACGCGAAAUAUCGUGAAAGCACGCAAUGUAUAUCGAUUGCUUAAUCAUCAUCGAAUGAUAGGUAGGUCGUAAGAUCUCCGAAAAUACGGAGCACUUUGACGAAGUGUAUAAUAACCGUAACGAUAAUAAUCGUAAGAGAUACUAGCGAUAGAAUUAGAUAUAUAUACGCGUUAUCGCGAUACGAUAAUGAUCACUUCGAAGCAGAAGUUCCCAAACGGCGCGUCGCGAUAUCCUGAUGAAACGCAAUUUAUAUCCAGAAGAAUAUAGAAACAAGAA